AUGUGUCCUAGAUGUUUAUUUGUUGUGGAAGGGUGUCAGUUCAAGGUGAACUUGAUUUGCUUACCCCUUCGGGGUUUAGAUGUGAUCCUGGGGAUGGAUUGGCUAUCUGCCAAUCGCAUUCUCAUAGACUGUGGUGAGAAGAUUUUGGUGUUUCCUGAGCAACAUGAUCAUAAUAUAGAUCACUCAAUUGUGAGUGAUUUCUUGGAUGUGUUUCUUGAAGAAGUGUCAAGGUUGCCUCCUCAGAGGGAAGUUGAGUUCUCUAUUGAUCUGGUGUGGGGUGCGGGGCUAGUAUCAAUAGCUCCUGUCUCGUCGUGGGGUGCUCUUGUUUUGCUUGUGAAGAAGAAGGAUGGAAACUCUAGGUUGUGUGUGGACUACAGGCAGUUGAACAAGUUAACCAUGAAGAUCAAGUACCCGUUGCCUAGGUGA